AGGACGAGGAGGACGAGGCCGAUGUACAGCGGGCGCAGGAGGAUGCACGGAGGUUGCCGGCAUACCGGGCCAGGCAGAGCACCGGCGGCUGCGCCCUCUCCAAAUCGGCAUCGCUCAGCGUCAUCGACAGCUUCCCCGACGCAGACGAAAUUUCCCCCUUCGCCUCCCAGCAGAGCCUGGUCAAUGGCUUCGGCGCCGGGAGCUGCGGGCAGCUGGCGGGGGAGGCGGGGAGCCAGAGCUGGGAAGAGACCCCCCUGGGCCGGACCCUCAGCUUCAUCAAGAGGAUGACGGGGAAGACGAAGAGCAAGGAGAAGGAGAAGAUGAAGGAGGGCAAGGAGAAGGACGCCCGCUACACCAACGGCCACCUCUUCACCACCAUCACCGUCUCCGGCAUGACCAUGUGCUUCGCUUGCAACAAGAGCAUCACGGCCAAGGAAGCUCUUAUCUGCCCCACCUGCAACGUCACCAUCCACAACCGCUGCAAGGACACGCUGCCCAACUGCACCAAGGUGAAGCAGAAGCAACAGAAAGCCGCGCUGCUGAAGAACAGCUCGGCGCUGCAGUCGGUCUCGCUGCGCAAUAAAACCGCCAUCCGGGAGCGCCCCAACUCGGCCAUCUACCCCUCGGAGAGCUUCCGCCAGACGCUGCUGGGUCCCCGCCGCGGCCGACCCUCCCUCUCCCUCUCCAAAAGCGUCUCCACCACCAACAUCGCGGGGACGUUCAACGAUGAGUCUCCCCUGGGGAUACGGCGGAUCCUGUCCCAGUCCACGGAUUCCCUCAACAUGCGCAACCGCACGCUCUCCGUGGAGUCGCUCAUCGACGAAGGUCCCGACGUCAUCCUCAACCAGCUGAUGAGCGACUUCGAGACGGACGGGAAGGACUUCGAGGCGGAUUCCUGGAGCUUGGCCGUGGACAACAGCUACCUGCAGCAGCACAAGAUGGACGUCAUGAAGCGCCAGGACGUCAUCUACGAGCUGAUCCAGACGGAGAUCCACCACGUCCGCACGCUGAAGAUCAUGGCCAACAUGUUCCGCAAGGCCAUGCUGGAGGAUCUGCAGGUGGAUCCGGCCACGGUGCAGAAGAUCUUCCCCUGCGUGGACGAGCUGAGCCAGAUCCACGAGCGGUUCCUGGCGCAGCUCCUGGAGCGUCGCAGGGAGUCCCUGGCCCACGACAGCAACAAGAACUUCGUCAUCAACCAGCUCGGGGACAUCCUCGUCAACCAGUUUUCGGGUGCCAGCGCGGAGCAGCUGAAGAAAGCCUACUCCGAGUUCUGCAGCAAGCACACCAAAGCCGUGAAGGAGUACAAGGACCUGCUUGCCCGCGACAAGCGCUUCCAGCAGUUCAUCCGGAGGAUGACGCGGUCCCCGCUGCUCCGACGUCACGGCGUGCCCGAGUGCAUCUUGCUGGUGACGCAGAGGAUCACCAAGUACCCGGUGCUCAUCGAGCGCAUCCUGAAGAACUCCAAAGACAACGAGGGCGACUUCGCGGACCUGUCGCAAGCGCUGAAGCUGGUAAAGGAGCUGAUCUCCUCCAUCAACGAGGAGGUGCACACGUGCGAGAUGAACGCGCGGCUGUGGGACGUCUACAGGCGCGUGGACGGCCGUGCCAAAGUGCAGCUGCCGUGGGAGAGCCGCGCCGGCGUUUUCGGCAAGGACGAGCUCCUGCGGCGUAAGCUGGUGCACAGCGGCUGCAUGCUCUGGAAGACGGCGGCCGGGCGCUUCAAAGACGUCCUGGUGCUGCUGAUGACAGACGUCCUCAUCUUCCUGCAAGAGAAGGACCAGAAAUACACCUUCCCCAUGCUGGACAAGCCGGCCGUCAUCUCCCUGCAAAACCUCAUCGUGCGGGAUAUCGCCAACCAGGAGAAGGGGAUGUUCCUGAUCAGCGCGGCGCCGCCGGAGAUGUACGAGGUCCACGCCGCCUCCCGCGACGACCGCAACAACUGGAUGAAGGUCAUCCAGCAGACGGUCAGCCUCUGCCCCAGCCGCCAGGACUUUCCCCUGAUCGAGACGGAGAUCGAAGCGUCCUUACGCAAGCUGAAAGACCGUAUCCUGCAACACGAUCGGAAGAUCACGGCGCUGCUGGAGGAGAAGGUGGGGCUCUUCGCCGACAUGCUGGCCCUGGCCAGCGGCUGCGAGGAGCCCUCGCCCACCCUGGCCCCUCGCACCCUCUUCCACUCCGACUCGGCCGAGGGUUCCCGAGGGGAAAAGCUGAUGCACGACGCCAUCCGGGAAGUGGAGUGCCUGAAGGAGAUAUUCACCGGCGCUGGACGUGACCGGGACCAGAAUAACCUCGCCGAGGCUGAGAGCUGCCCCAGCCCCGGCGCCAGCAACGGCGACGCCGGCAGCUUCAACGGCUCCCUGGAGUUUUGCAGGGCGGAUUCGGAUGCUGGGCAGCGGGAUGGGAACGGCAACCAGCUCCUGCAGAGGGUACCCCAGGAGGAGAUCAACCAGCGGCUGGUGAACCUCUACACCCUCCUGCAUGGGCUCCAGGCGGUGGUGAGCCAGCAGGACACGCUGCUGGAGCUGCAGCUGCAGGAGGGCCCGGAGAAGCCGUCCCGCCGCGGUUCCCAACCGGCCCCGGCCGAGCCGGCGGCACGAGCGGGCGAGAAGCCCGGCACCACGGAGCUGGCGCUGCUGCAGCGGCAACACGGGCUGCUGCAGGAGGAGCUGGGGCGCUGCCGGCAGCUCUGCCAGGAGCGGGCGCAGGAGGCGGCAGCCCUGGAGACGCGGCUGCGGGACAGCGAGCAGGAGCGCGCCCGGCUGGAGCGCGAGCUGGAGGAGGCCCGGCGGCAGCUGGGUGCUCUGCGGCAGGGGCGGCACGCGGGGACGCCGGGGGCCGAUCCGCGGCGGAGGAGUCUGCCGGCCGGAGAUGCGCUCUAUCUCAGCUUCACCCCGCCCCAGCUGAGCCACGGCCCCCACCCCGCCAGCCUCUCCUACCACCACCCUGCCUUCGCCCCCUGCCCCCGGGAGGAGCUGGAUUACCGGGGGGGCGAUCCCGACCGGCUGCAGGAGGGUGAGGACGCCCUGGACGUGCUCCUGGAGGACGAGGGCUUGGGGGGCCGCCUCUCCCCCCCGCCAGCCCCCGAGGUGGAUUUCCUGAGGAUGCAGGAUAUUCCCGAGGAGGUGGAGAGCAGCCAGGAGCUGAAGGAGGGCGACGGGGGCUCCUCGGACAGUUAGGGACCGGCUCCAGCCCCUCCUGGCCCCCCCCAGCACCCCAC